AUGAAAUUAUGUAGAAGAACCUAUUCAAGCAGUAGUAUGAAAAUUAAGAAUGUACAAGUGGGUCCUUCAAGUUUUGUCAAAGUACGUAUGUUGGGUAAAGGAGAUGUUGGUAAAGUCUAUAUGGUUCGACAAAAAGGAACCGAUAAACUCUAUGCAAUGAAAGUCUUGUCAAAAAGAGAAAUGAUCAAGAGAAACAAAAUUAAGCGUGCUCUAGCAGAACAAGAAAUAUUGAUGACCUCCAAUCAUCCUUUUAUCGUUACUUUAUAUCACUGUUUCCAAAGUCAAGAUUAUCUUUACUUUGUCAUGGAAUAUUGUAUGGGAGGAGAGUUUUUCAGAGCUUUGCAAUUGAGAGUCGGCAAAUGUCUGGAUGAGGAAGGCGCUCGCUUUUAUGCGGCGGAAGUGACAGCAGCUCUAGAAUAUCUUCAUUUGCAAGGUCAUAUUUAUCGUGACCUGAAGCCAGAGAACAUCUUAUUACAUCAAAGUGGACAUAUUAUGUUGACUGAUUUUGAUUUGAGUAAAGGCUCAAGUCCUCCUGGUCAGCCUGGCGUCGUCAAAUCCAAAUCACCCAAUGUCCCCCCCUGGAUCGAUACAAAGAGUUGUGUUGGAGCCCUUCGUACAAAUAGUUUCGUAGGUACUGAAGAAUACAUUGCACCUGAAGUAAUUAAAGGUUGCGGUCAUACAAGCGCUGUUGAUUGGUGGACGCUUGGUAUUCUUAUUUAUGAGAUGCUGUUUGGCACAACUCCUUUCAAAGGCAAUGGUAGAAACGAGACUUUUUCAAAAAUCCUUCAUACAGACAUACACUUUCCUCACCAACCCGCCCCUUAUGGAGGAAAUAUCUCAAGUAAUACAAAAAGCUUAAUUCGUAAAUUGUUGCAGAAAGAUGAACACACCCGUCUUGGAUCCCGUGCAGGCGCGGCCGAUGUUAAACAGCAUCCUUAUUUCAAGCAUAUCAAUUUCGCUUUGCUCAGAAAUAUGACACCGCCCAUUACACCUGCCGUGCAGGAACCGAAUGGUAUCGAUGCUAUAAAUUUUAGAAAAUUGCAGGAAAGUAUGAGCUUGGACUUAGAAGCAGAUGGCGAAAAGAUGCUUCAAAAACUAGAGAAAUCGAAUCCCUUUGAAAAGUUUGAUUCUCUUACUUUGUAUCAUAAUGGAGAUUCUGAUACAGAGCAAGACGAGGAAGGAGAAGAAUAUGAAGCAUCAAAAGUUGUUAUGACAGCUUGA